AUGGGACCUAAGAAUCAAUACACUGCACAUCCUCGCGAGUUUGAUGAAUCCGAUAUCGAUCGCACUCCUGAAUAUGAGGCCUUCAUAGAGGAAAUCCGCAAACUCCAAGAGGAGCGAGGUGUAACCCAUCUUGGAAAUUUGGAGCCAGACCUUCAACGGAAAAAGGUCGACCUUUUCAAGCUGUACAAAACCAUCGUCGAUCAAGGCGGAUACACUAUCGUCUCGAAUACCACAGGGCUUUGGAAAGAACUCGCCGUCAAAUUCAAUCCUCCACAACACAAUACCAAUAUCGGGUUCGUCCUUAAGACGAUCUAUUGGAAAAACUUAGGGGCAUACGAGUGUAUUCAUCACUGGAAGGCAGACGCCCCAAAACCGGAGAUCUUGGAGCACGUCUCGGCAGCUGGGUCAGAGCUUGUUGGAAAGAUUGCCCCGCCAGCAGCUGAGUCCAGCACUCCAGGCCUUUUAACUAGAGGGAGGACUGGGACUGAAGACCCUGCUGCGGCCUCAACCCCGUCGGGCAGAACCCUACGUGAAGCCCCCCCAAAGCGUCAACUGUUCCAACCUCCGGUGCCGACACCAAAACCGCGUAACGUUCAACCUCCUACUCAAUCUCCCACUCCCCAAUCCACCAUCACCAACGGAAGAAACGCGACAUCCAACAACGUUUCAUCUACCAACAUGUCGCACCAUCAAUCAAACCUCCCUCCGCUUCCUCCAAUGGACAUCACUCCUGUCCCUACUCCGUACAGUCAUCCUCGGAAUUUCGCUCAACCCGAGCCUGAUCCAGCUCCACCAACCGUUUCGCAGCAACUUCCUGCCAAUUUUGGGCCUACCGAUACACACAGAGCUGUAAUGAGUUUGUCGAGUGGGAUCCCCGCAGAUGUUUCCUGGGCACUUAAGUACCUGCUAGAGAGGUCGUGCCACCCCCAGCUCCAAACGCUCCGACUCAAAGAAGAGGUCCGCCUUGGAGGCUAUCUUAUUGAUUUGAUCCUUGCUUGCGUCAAUGCUGUUAAUGACAGGCAGGUUGGCAAGGUCGCCACUCCAUGGAAGCCCUCCUCGUAUGAUCCAUCUCGCAAGGUUGAUCUUACCUUGUACAACAAACUCGCCAGUACCCUAGAGACUCAAGAGUGGGUCGCACUGAUGGAGUCUGGUCUUUACGCAGCCGAGAUUCUGCGAAACCUCACAACCAACCCGCAAAACUUUCCGUUGAUCAAGGAAAAUGUGACCUCCUUACUUCAAUAUCGAUCCGAUGCCCUCCAAAUCCUACUCAGUGUUCUGAGAACCCCGCGCGACAACCAAUAUAUCGACCUCCAAACUGUCUGUCUCCAGAUCUUGGAAUCCAUUUUAGCCGUGGGUCAACAUGGAAAAGGGGCGGAGCUCGUCGAGCUGCUCUGGCCCAUCAUUCAGGAUAACGGCCAGGUCAUGGUCACGUCGGCCCUCAGUAUUCUUGUCAACCUUUCCAUGCAAGGUGAGGUCGCGUGCUUGGAGAAUACACCACCUGAAGUUCUAGAGCAUCUGGGGAAUCUUCUUAUGGUCCCUAAUGAGGCCAUUCUAGUCCCAACUCUUGACUUUUUUUAUCACUACACCUCGAUCCCCACAAAUGUGGAUGCUUUGCUUUCAGGACCUAGACCCUAUGAGCUAUUGGAGCAACUUGCCCGGCUCCUUUCAUACGGCCUCAUAAAAAUACCCCCCCCAAUUCUUCCUCCGGUUCAAGGGCAACAGGUUCCACGAAAGCCGGUCCCUGAGGUCACGCCAAAUAUUCCUAGCGAUCUCUUAGACGACAUCGUCAAACUCCCGGAGCCUCAGCGAGCUAUUUGGUGGAUGCGCUCCAGUUUUGAGGCUAACCCUCAUAGUGAAAUUACCCAAAUCGCCUUAUGGCAGGCGUACCAACAACGAUUUGCUGCCUAUACCAACACUGGCCCAAAGCCGCAGCAAAUGCUCAUCGCGAACGACUUUAUCAAGAACGUCAGCGCCGCGUUCCCAACCGCGAAGCCUCAGAUGAUCAAAGGUGAGAAGAACAACAGGUUUGUUAUCAACGGUAUCGCGCCGCGCGAAGUCCCAAUGGGACUUGAUUACAACAAGUAUUCAAAAUGCUUUUGGACAGAGGACGGGAAAGUAUGUGGUCUUUUCUUUCCGACUGCAGUAGAAACUUUCACACAUAUCGGCGAGAAACAUACCUUCCUAAACAAGGACUCCCAAAUAACGGAGCAACGGUGCUGCUACAAAACCUGCCUCAGAUUUCACGACAAACCAACGACGAAUAAAAGGGAAUUCUUCGCCCACCUUCGUGGCCAUAUGCCUGCCAAGAAGAAAGAUCCUUUCAUUCGUAAUAGUAAGGGCGAGAUCCAAAAGAUCACGACUCCGACUAGGAACCCUCUCGAUGCGCCGCCUCAAUUCCCCGGUAUUACCUGGACUGUCGAGAUGCCUGCAAGAGACCAACCCGAAAACUACGGCGUCUACAUCAUGGCUGCAAAAGUCAUACUCAACAUUAGCAGGGUCCAGCCAUCUGGUGCGGAUGGCUUACUUCUGAUCAGAACCACGCUAGCAGAAAGGUUGGCAGCCACCCGAAAUGGAUAUUUCGCCCAAGUAUUGUGUGAUAUCAUCAGCAAUACCACGCAAACCCUCCAUAAGAUCGUGGAAGACGAUAUUCCCAUGGUCGAUGGUAUGGACGGUUCGGAUGGGUCACCGUACCCAGUUUAG